AUGGCCCCUCACCUUCUCGCUGGCGACGGGCCGCCGGAGCUCGUGAUCCUCAUCGUUGAGGCCUGCGAGAGCCUUAGGGAUGUCCUGGCUCUCACUUCUACAUGCCGCGCCAUGCACCACAUCGGCCGCGCUCACGCGGUGGAUCAUCUCUGGUCAGAGCUAGAUGGCGAGACCCCGUGCUUGGAGGAGGCCUUGAUCGCGGUCCGCAUGACGGAGCUGGUUGCCGACGCAGAACGCCGCGGCGUGCUGCCGCCCCUGCGAUUCUCUCCCGGAGAGCUGAGCAGGAGCCGCCGCAGGCCCACCAUCCCGGAGCUGCAGGCGGCUCUUGCUCUCUCUCGGCUGGUCAGCGUCUUGGAGCUCGCCAUCCGAAGGACGAACCCAUUUACCCCGGGUGUUACGUUUCUGAGAUGGUUACCUGAUUAUCCCCUGGUAGUCAAAGGGCGGGAAUGGCAGGCUCGAGUGCACAAAGCAAUUUACAGAGUCCUUAUCUCUGCUGCUGCCCUAGCCGGAGCUUAUAUCGAGCCGCUUUUCGCCGCCAAGUCGCGGCCCGGCCUCGAGCUAAUAGUCACAAGCACGACCAGGGGUCAGCUCUCGGAAAGGCAGCUCGAGUUCCUUGAGCAGUUUGCCGUUUGCAAUAUGAAUCCGGCACCUGCGGCAGAGGAGGAUGUCUUUGGCACCCUCGGCUCCUGGCUCCUCGAGACCAUUCUAUCUGACAGGAAAGGGCGAGAGGCAAUGGCGAAGCGGUUCGACGAGGGUUAUGGGCGAGCGCUGUAUUGCAAAAACCGCGUUAGCUGUCCGGUAACCGCAGUCGAGGGUGGCAACCAUUCCGACGCCCACUUCGUUGCCUGGGAAAUCAUGCAGAUGCUCUGGGUCCGAGAACACCUCGGCCGAUCUGUGAGCCGUCAGCGCCCGGCUCACGACGCUGGUAAUGGGCCUUUCAGCGCCGACAAGAAUCGGGAGGACAGGUCUGGAACCGCUAGUACGGCAGCGCGAGCUGUAUUCUUUGGCGUAUUCCAAACGGAGGAAGUAGACUCGGGUGACUUGGACCCUGAGGGUGCGCCGAACCCCUUCGCCCGCUUGGCCUACAUCCCGGCGCAAGACGCAACCCGGUACGAGCUUGAGCCCAUCGUCGAUCACAAUCGCGAGAACAUGCUAAGACCCGUUAACGUCUGGGGCUCGAGCACCGCUAUUUUCUUCCCCUGGAUCCGCGGCUGCUCUGGGCGGCCAAACUGGAAUCUUCAUGACAACAACCAAGCGGCCGGCUCUCCCGUUGCGCCCCUUGCCAACAAAUUCUUCGAGUACUUUCUGCGACGACACCUGGGUCUCCGGCUGUUGUCUAGCAGUUUUGACAACUCCACAGAUCCAAGUUAUCUAGCUUUCCUGGGCAGCCUGGCCAUCUUCGCCCAUGACGACGUCCUAGUACGCGAACCAUACAAAGGCCCCAACGCUUCGGUCAUAUCGGACGCCUCUUAUCUCGAUGGCACGGAGCUGCUCACAAAGUCCGAUCCACCGGCAGUUCGCGUCUUUCGUCAUCAGUCGGAUUGGUUCUCACCGGAGUAG